CACACUUCAUCGCUGCCCAAGCCAAAACAGAGACAAUUUUUUUUUCCUAUAUUUCAGAAACAUUUGUCGAUCAUAUGUAAGCCUAAUAUAAGUAAUAUUAUUGUGUCAGUUGGCUCUAAAAACUCGGCGUAACUGUGGCCCGACACUCGAUCCGACUAUUCCGAACCCUUUGGAGAAGUCAUCAGCGCCUUCAGCUGCAACAGCAACUCGUGCACAGUGCAUCCAGUGGAGGUUUCUUGGCGGAUAGGCACAUUCGUCAUCGAAGCACCCCGGGCUCGUUGCUCUCGGCGGAAGAACCGGCUGAUUGCGGUCACAUCAUGAGUGGCAGAUAUCGCGGAGGUGGUGGUGGCGGCGGACGCUUUGGAGGCCGUGGUGGCGGAGGCUAUGCAGAUGGUGGCGGCUACAAUGACUUCGACAACUACCGUGGUGGCGGGGGACCAGGCUUCAAUGACAACUUUGGACCAGGUCCCGGACCAAAUCCAUUUAACAUGGGUGGUCCUAACCUUUCUGGGAAUGAGUUAAUGCAGCUGAUGAGUGCCAUGGCCAGCAACUUCAAUAUGAAUUCACAGCCCCCGCAACCAAUGCGCCAGAGUUGCGGCGAGUUGCGCAAUCACCAUUGCGGAUUAUUUGUUGAGCUGUCCGGUAGGCUAAUUAAGAAGCGGGUGAAUCGGUUUGCGGAGCUGCGCGAUCGCAAUGGCGGUGCAUGCCAGCUUGUGGUUCUGGAAGACAAGCAUCCGCGAGUGGCACGGCGCAUGAACAACAUGCCAGAGAACACAACACUAACUAUUGUGGGCCUGGUCAUGCGGCGACCACACAAUUCGUGCAAUCAAACAAUGCCAACGGGCGAGAUCGAAGUGGAGGUACAGGACAUACUUAACAUUCAUUUCCCGGCCAGCGGUACCAAAAGAGCUGGUGAGAAGCGCACAUACAGCACUAUGGUGCAGCAGCAGAGUAAUCUUGGUAUCACCAGCACCGAGUACAAGAUAGCCAAGAACGAGAAUAUAUUGAAGUAUUUUGAAAACCGUGAUCUCACCUGCAACGAUCUAAGGCGCGACGAUGUGGGCAAGACAGUGACUUUGGUUGGUUGGAUUCCCUCUACCAAAAACAACAAAUUCUUGCAGCUCAAAGAUGGUUAUGGCCAAACGCAACUAAUGAUCGAGGAUCAGUCGCUUAGCGACACAUUUCUUUCAACACCUGAGCAGACAGUUAUCCAAAUAGUGGGCAAAGUUCUGGGGAGACCAAAAGCCAAUGUUAAUUUGAAAUAUGAUACUGGUGAGGUGGAAGUCAGUGUAACCAGCGUAAAGGUCCUCAAUCCGGACGAUCCCUACGAUGGUCCCAUUAAGGCAAAAGAGAAGCAACAAAAGUUUUCCAUCGAUGAUCUUGAGGCUGAGGAGGCUGCCGCCGAAGCAUCCGCCAAUCUUACCAGCAAUAAUGGAGAAGCCAAGGAAGAUAGCGCGGAAGCAGUUACCACUGCUAAUCCCUCUGUAAUUUCCGAACAACGAGCCAAGGUGGCCGAUACCAACAAGUUUGCCGACCGCACUCAUAACUGCGGGGAACUAACCUCCAAUGAUAUCAACGAAAAAGUAGUCAUAUGCGGUUGGUUGGAGUUCCAGCGCAUGAACAAAUUCUUCAUACUUCGGGAUGCUUAUGGACAAACUCAGGUACUGUUGUCACCGAAAACAUAUGGUAUGGAAGAAUACGCAGAAACAGGCGUGCCCAUUGAGUCAAUUGUUCGAGUUGAGGGUACAGUGAUUCCCCGUCCAGCGGCUACAAUAAACCCCAAAAUGCAAACUGGGCAUGUUGAGGUAGAAGCGGACAAAGUGGUUGUUCUCAAUCCGGCAAAGAAAAAUCUUCCGUUUGAGAUCCGAAAGUUCAAUCGUGCUGGCGAACGCUUGCGGCUUACUCAUCGGUAUCUGGAUCUACGAUUUAAUGAUAUGCAGCAUAAUCUUCGCCUCCGAUCGUCUUUUAUAAUGAAAAUGCGAGAGUAUCUUAUCAACUAUCUGGGUUUCGUCGAAGUGGAGACACCAACACUCUUCAGACGAACGCCAGGCGGAGCUCAGGAGUUUGUAGUACCCACUCGCAAAGCGGGCCACUUUUAUUCGCUCGUACAAAGUCCGCAGCAAUUCAAGCAGAUGCUGAUGUCCGGUGGAAUAGACAGAUACUUUCAGGUGGCCCGUUGCUACAGGGAUGAAGCGACGCGUCCAGACCGUCAGCCGGAGUUUACCCAGUUGGAUAUUGAGCUAUCAUUUACCAGCAGGGAUGAUAUCAUGCAACUGAUUGAGGAGACCCUCCGUUAUUCGUGGCCCAAAGACUUUCCGCGUCUGCAAACACCGUUCCGUCGUAUUACUUAUGAGGAGGCAAUGGAAAAGUACGGAAAUGACAAGCCGGACACUCGGUUUGGUUUUCUGUUAAACAACGUGUCGGAAAUCAUCGAAAAGAGCGAUGAAUUCAAGGAAAAAUACGAUGAUCUUGGCGCUUAUGCCAUUGUAGUGCGAGCCAGUGAAGCCUUUUGGAAUGGAGCUGCCCGAAAGCAUUACGAAAGCCUAGGCAAGGAGUUCAAGGGUACGUUGUUCGUGCGCAAAUUUGGCCCAACAAAGGAUGUGCAGGAGAAACUGGGAAAGCUACUAGGCGAAGAUGUGGCUACAGAGGUCGCCGAUAAGUUUGACCUUGAGGAGAACGAUCUUCUUUUCUUGGGCAUUGGAUCAAAAGUGGAAACUCGCGCAUUGUUGGGUCGCAUCCGACUGGACUAUCAGGACUUUCUGGUGGAAAAUGCCAAAAUAAAGAAGCCCAAUGACUUCCGCUUCCUUUGGGUGAUCGAUUUCCCGUUGUUCGAGCGAAAUCGUGAGACUAAUCAGUUGGAGAGCGUUCACCACCCGUUUACCCUGCCACAUAGUGAUGAUCUAGAAAAUUUUGCCACUAGCUGCGAAAAUCUGGAGAGCAUACGCUCCCAGGCUUACGAUUUGGUGCUGAACGGCCAGGAAGUCGGCGGCGGUUCAAUUCGCAUCCACGAUCGAGACAUGCAGCACUUUAUAUUGGAACAGAUUCUGAAAAUCCCACAUGAUCAUUUGUCGCACUUACUGAGCGCUUUGGAGUCUGGAUGCCCGCCUCAUGGAGGCAUUGCUUUGGGCUUGGAUCGCUUGAUUGCCAUUUUAUGCCGUGCGCGAUCAAUACGCGAUGUGAUUGCAUUCCCCAAGUCACUUAAUGGGCGUGAUCCGCUUUCAAACGCACCAGUUCCCAUUUCCGAUGAGGAGAUGAGGCUGUACCACCUUUCUGUGGUAGAGGAGGAAGAGGUCAGCACAAAUAACACGUCACACGAACAGGAGGACGACGAUCCCGAUCAAGAACGUGCUCCUCCAUCCCCGAUGUCGGCGACUAGCGAACCCGAGCAGCCGCAAAUUGAGGUAGACAUUAAGCAGGAGCCCGAAUGUAUAAAUGAGGAUUUUGAUCCCGAAUCCCCCCCAACCAAAUCGACAGUAAAAGCUGAUCUCGAUGAACCCACACCAGCUGACCCCCAGGCAUCGGUGGCUGCUACGGCGACCAGAGCCAGAAGGACCGUUAAAAAGAAGGUAUAGAGCGGGGGCUAUUAACAUUACGGAUAACGAAUUAGCAUUUUACGUGUAAGCUAUGUGGUCAGAACGAAGGAUGGUAGCUGGCGGGUGAAUUAAUCGGAUAUUCAGAUAACACGACAUUCGGGUCUGGUUAAUUAACUACCAAAUCCCAUUUUAUACACACAGUUGUAUACCAAGAAGGUUAAUAUAUAUACCCACCAUGGAUCUUCUCAACGGACUUCAAUACGAGAAUAGGACCUAUCCUCACAUCUUGAGCCGGAAGCCCACAUUCUAAAAAUCCAUUUCAAAUGAUGGCAACAAAUUUAUUACAAUUUACAAAAUAUACAAAACUGCUAUUGUAUUCGCAAUUGUUUAAUUAUACAAUGCUUGAAUUACAGUUUUCAUUUGUAUCGGA